UAUGGCUACAGACCAGGCAUUUUCCAAUGGUCAUGGGCACCCCCAGGGCAGCCUGGGCUGGGACCUGUCACCGGCCAGACCGCCCCAGGGAAACCUCACUGAAGAACAGCACCGGGACUCUGAGAGGUGGCACUUGCUCUUCAGAGUCUUCCAACACCCAAAGGACGCGGACCCCCUCCAGAGCGUGCACACAAUGUCUGCGCUCCUCCAUCGCUGGCUGAGGCCCGAUGUGCUCACCAAGAAGCAGAUCUUGGAUAAGCUUCUGCUGGAGAAGUUCAUGAUCUGCAUGCCCCCGGAGCUGCAGGUCUUGGUGAAGGAGAGGCGCGUGCAGAGCUGCGAGGAACUGAAGGUCUUGCUGAGAAAUAAGGAGAAACCCAGGAAAUGGAAGGUCGUCACCUUCCAAGGGCAGAAGUACCUUCAGGAGAAUUCCGAUGUCCAGAUGGCCAACGAAGAAGACAGUGCCACAGACCACGUGUUGGACUUGUCCCUGAAGUCCCGAUCCCCCAUCGGUCAGAUGGGGGUACAACCUGAGAACAGCCAGGAGGUCAACGGAGAGCUAGGGUACCAGCCAGGAACCAGUGAUGUGGUGUGGGGACAGCGGAUCCACACGGGGGAGAAGCCGUUCUUCUGUAAAGUCUGCGAGAAGAGGUUCACCCACAAGUCCACGCUGCGUAGCCACCAGCGGGUCCACACCCAGGACAAUCCAUACGAGUGUGAUGUCUGCCACAAAAGUUUCCGCCACCGCGGGAACCUCAACGUGCACAUGCGCACCCACUCGGGCCUGAGACCCUACCCGUGUCCCCAUUGCCACCUGGCCUUCCGCCACCUGGGGACGUUGAAACGCCACCAAAGGACACAUGUCCACAAGGCGCCCCAGGUCCCUUCUGACCAUGAAGGAAAUUAA